AUGCAAGCAACAAACCAGUUGGAAGUAGACGAGGAGAUCUUUUUUGUCAACGCGUGGAAUCUUGUAGUAAAAGAGAGAUUUGAAGAAGUUUCCUGGAAGCUGGGUGGUUGGACCAUAAAUGAUAAAGUAAAAGAGAAAAAAAACAAAGCCGAGAAGGCUCCCGCGGAGAAGAAGCCGAAGGCCGGGAAGAAGCUUCCCAAGGACGCCGCCGCCGGCGACAAGAAGAAGAAGAGGAACAAGAAGAGCGUGGAGACCUACAAGAUCUACAUCUUCAAGGUGCUGAAGCAGGUGCACCCCGACAUCGGGAUCUCCAGCAAGGCGAUGGGUAUCAUGAACAGCUUCAUCAACGACAUCUUCGAGAAGCUGGUGCUGCCUGGGGAGCUGGCCAAGCACGCUGUUUCUGAAGGGACGAAGGCGGUUACCAAAUUCACCAGCGCUUGAUUGCUGAAUUUUGGGUGAAUUUAGGGUUUAUGUCAAUUAGGUUUCUUUGGACUUUGGGAAAUUAGGGCUUUUGUGCGGAAUUAUGUGUUUAUGCUAUGAAUGGAUGUUGAAUUUUUAAAAUUGGUUCUGGUAUUGCGAUAAUUGAAGUUGAAUUGUGGACUGACUAUUACAAAUU